UUCUCAUCGGCUGCAGGGCUUUCAGCUUUAUCUAGCCCAACCGAAAAAGGACCGUAGCUCUAAUCAAUUAAAGGACUCCCAACUGAGAAGCAGAUUUCCUUGCUAAAUAUCAUUAGCAAAAUGUCCGAAGGCACGUAGUCAACACAGGUAGAUCUUUUUUGGCUUUGUUAUCGAGCCGAAUGAUUUGGGUAGCGUGGCUUACGUCCUGGCUUUAUCUCCACAAUGGGCAUUUUGUAUUUACCAUCCUGCUUUGGUAAAGAGGCUGGGAUACUGCCUUAUUCGUCGUGGGUUGAGCGGCCUACCUGUCCCAUCUGUUCAGCACCCCCUCAGCGAUUGCUAACGCACAAUGUCUGGCCGAUCUGGGUUCUUUCGGUUUUCCGGGAGACGGCAUUCCUCCAAGCGUCCUGGCGGGCAACCCAUAACUCCUGCUCCCAACAUCCAGAUCACUCCUUCCCCCACUGCGAACGAUGCAACCACUAGCAAAGAUCGUGAUGGAUCUGAGGGAUCUCGUCUUCAGCCUCCUACUGCGUCAACUGAUCGUAGUUCUCGAGACCGGAAGCAGAGAAGGUCUUUUUGGCACGCUAUAGCUGAGCCGUUCAGCAGAAGUCCCAGUCCCAGUCCCACUCAUAUCGACCAAUCGAAGUCCUCCGAUCCCAGACAAUCUGAUCCCUCUACACCAAAUCCGCCAUCCCAUAAUCCAUGGCCAUCUCCCAUUCUCCCUGAGGGGGCCAUCGAUAUCUCUCACACGAUGCCCAGCGAGCGCGUCAUUCAUGGCAACACUGGGAGUCCCGCCACGCAGCCAGGACUCACAGGCGUGGAUCUAGACAUUCCAUCGUCAAUUGAUCAAACGUCGCCAUCUUCAGGCGUUGAUGCUAGUGGCGGAAAGAAAACAAUCAUCGCCGCCACAAGGCUCGUCCUCCAAACUGCCGCCUCUGCUCUUAAUUUACGAGGUCCGCAGGGCAUUGCAAUUUUCCGAUCUGAUGAUAUAACUUUUAUGUUUUCAUUCAGACGAUCGACAACAAUGACGAAAAUCUCAAGGGAUUAGACGAUGAAGUUCGAAAGGCUCACGAAACGAUCUUUAGACCACUCCUGUUGUGGACCGGCCAGGUUCCUCCCGAAAUAGGUGAUCUAAUUCAACAAUUUAACCUAGCUGUAAAGCAACAAUUGCAGCAAAUUGAAGCACUCAAGCAUCAAAAACUUGCCAAGAGGGUAAUCCUGGCGACUGAGAUAUCGCAGGAGAUAAGCACCGUGAGGUCCUGCAU